UCCGUUAGUAGCAUUCAGUGGAGCUUAUGGAGUAUUCGUAUUCACGAUGAACUUACGCGUAGUAUGUUUCAUUGUUUUUACAUCGAUUUUAUCCGCACAUGCAAUACAGAAAAAAAAUUUAAAAUUUCCACAAUGGAAUGAAACAUGGGUUGAUCGUUUGAGACAAAAUCUUCUUGCAAAAUACGAUAAAUUUUCAAGGCCAACUCAACACUACAACACAACAACAGUAUUUGUUUAUUUAAAUAUAAUGCACGUGGAAGUGGAUAGUAGAAAGAACAUUCUAAGCGUCAAUACGUGGGUGCGCAUGACCUGGAACGAUGACAAAUUAAAGUGGAAUUCUAAGGAUUACGCAGGGAUUGAAGAAAUGUCCGUGGGUAUUCAUGAAGUAUGGCAACCUGACUUAUAUCUCUACAACAGUGCGCUACAUGGAAUAGAAAAUUAUGAAAGCAGACAUUGCAUUGUUCGACAAGAUGGAGAGGUGACUUGGAUAGCACCAACAGUUUUUCACAGCUUCUGUGAUUUUAACUUAGUAUUGUGGCCUUUCGAAACGAAUACCUGUGAAUUGACCAUAGGUUCUUGGAAUCACAAUGGAGAUGAAAUUAAUAUUAAGUUGCAAGACAAAGGAUUUGACUUACAAUAUUAUUCUGCAGGAGAAUGGCGAGUACAAAACGUUUCAGCUCAUCGACAAAUAAAAAUGUAUUCUUGUUGUCCGGAGCCUUAUUAUAUGCUCGAAUAUAAAAUUAAACUAACGAGAAGCUCAGAAUUGUACUAUCAUGUAAUUUUUGUUGUAUCCAUACCUAUCGUUUUUUUAGUUUUAAUAACUUUUUGGUUGAAUCCGGAAAGUGAAAUGAAGUUGAUUAUCAACAUCUGCGCAAUUAUUACGGAUAUAUUGAUCUUACUUUAUUUGGGGCAAAAAGUACCAGCUAGAGUAAAUAACUUACCAUUAAUAGUAAGAUUUUUCAGCGGGUGCCUUUGUCAAAUAACUCUAUCCACAGUAAUAUCCUGCUUUAUUAUUCACAUAUCAGUGAAUGCAUAUAACAUAUCAAUUCCUCGUACAAUAAGAAAUUUACUUUACGGAAAACUUAGAAGAAUUUUAGGAUUGAAUGGUAUUAUUCGAGAGAUCGAAUCCCAAAAAUUUGCAGAGCUUCAAGAAGUUCCUGAAACUGAACCGACAAGUUUUCCGUCUAGGAACUUGUCGACAAGCAAUAUGGAGGACGACGAUCAAGAAUGCAUAAUUUCUCAAUCCAGGAAUGUGAAACGAUUAGAGUUAAUACUUCUAGUAACCGCAAUCGAUCGUAUUUCUUUUCUUUUAUUCUGCUUUACUUUUACGAUCAUUGCUAUUGCCUAUAUUCGCAUUAACAGCGACGCUUUUACAAAGAAUUUACAUUUACUUUACUCAUCCCCUUCUCAAACUGAAAAUUCAACAAGCCCUAACUAUUAUUAAACAAAUUACAAAUUCCAAAUGUAAAUUAUUCUGAAAAUAACAGCUAAAACAAAUCUUUGAGAUUAUAAAUAUUAUAUUUAUUAUAGAAAAGUUAUAGUAGUAGGACGAGUAUGAAAUCGUUUUAUAAUAAACAAUAUUUUUUUAAGCAGCAGAUUUGGCGUAUUUUACAAAUGUUCUUAAAAAUAAAAAUUAUUACUAAUUUUAUGAAAAAACACAUAAUUUUUCGGGAAAAAAGUCUUCUAGAAUAUGUACGGAAUUUGGAACCUAUUGUUGCAACGUGUUUCCUUGAAAGCUCUGAAUAUCAUACAAAAGUAUAUUAUAUUUUGAAACCAAGAUAAACGAAACACCACAUUUCUUAAUGCAAUAGUUACGUUACAAGUGAUUUCGUGUAUUGUAUGAUUGGUAACUACGUCAUAAGAAAUGUUUAUCUGAUAAAAUUAGAAAAAAUUUAGUAAUGAAAAAAGGUGCACGUUACACGUAAGAUAAAUACUAUUUGCAAUUUUAAAUUAGCUACGAAGUUACAUAUAUUUUUGUAAAUGAAUAUAUGUUUGUCUUGCAUUUUUCCUUUAUUCAAAGAAUGUCGUAAAUAUAAUUUUUACGUACACUUUCACAUAAGUAUCCACAUUUUAAUUACAAAAUAAAAAUUUCUUUGUAAUUAUUUGA